AUGAGCUCCUCCUCAACAGGCAAGGUGAUUUCUCUCGACAAGGAAAAGAUUAAGAAUUGCUUUUGGGACAUCGCAGAUGCACUAUUUCCGGAAAUGAAAAAUUGUCUUGAAAAAUGCAUAGAUAAGAAUGAGAACGUAAAGCCAACGGUUCCAGGAACAGGAAUGCCAGCACCAGAGCCGCCUAGUGACACUGACGAGGAGAAUCCAGAGGAGCCAGGUGAAGAGAAGCCUGGAGACACUGAUGAGGAGAAUCCAGAGGAGCCUGGUGAAGAGAAGCCUGGAGACACUGAUGAGGAGAAUCCAGAAGAACCUGGUGAAGAGAAGCCUGGUGACACUGAUGAGGAGAACCCAGAAGAGCCAGGUGAAGAGAAGCCUGGUGACACUGAUGAGGAGAACCCAGAAGAGCCGGGUGAAGAGAAACCUGGUGACACUGAUGAGGAGAAUCCAGAAGAACCUGGUGAAGAGAAGCCUGGUGACACUGAUGAGGAGAACCCAGAAGAGCCAGGUGAAGAGAAGCCUGGUGACACUGAUGAGGAGAAUCCAGACGAACCUGGUGAGGAGGAUCCUGACUCUGAUAAGAUAAAGGAUUGUUUCUGGGAAAUUGCUAAAAAGUUCUAUCCUAAUUUGAAAAAAUUUUGUAGUCAGACAGAUGAACCUGGUGAGGAGAAACCUGGAGACACUAAUGAAGAGAAUCCAGAUGAACCUGGUGAGGAGGAUCCUGAUUCUGAUAAGAUUAGGGAUUGCUUCUGGGAAAUUGUCAAAAAGUUCUAUCCGAAAAUGAAAAAAUGCAUUGAAAAAUGUUUGGAUUAG